AUGCCCUCCUUCGGUCGCAUUGGCAAGCAUAGCAAUCGUUCCCAGCAUAACCUGGUCGAGCAACAGCAACAGCAGCAACUACAACAACAACAACAACAUCACCACCUUCUUCAGCAGCAGCAACAACAACAGCAGCAGCAUCAUCAACAGCAAAUUUCGGCUCAUCAACAGCAGGCGGCGGGGAGUGGAGCUCCUGCACCGCCCCAGCGUCCUCGUCAACAGCAAGUCAGUACUACUGCUACUACUACUUCCACUGCUACUCCUAUCUCUUCACCUGCACCCGGACCUGCAAUAGCAUCUGGCGGCCCCUUAAACCUUGGAGGUCGUCGACCAUCAGGUGCUGGUAUUCCCGUUUCCGCGACUGGUCCCGUAUCUGUGCCUAUACCGGUCCCGGAGUCUAACACCACACCACCAUCAGCCUCAACAAUCGGCCUCGGCUCUACUGAGUCUUUUCACCAGCAAACAUCACCAGCUCAACACCAAGCCGAUACUAGGACCACCCAACCACAACUACAACAACAAACUUCGCAUAGCUCAUCGCAUCAGCAUCAUCACCCAAAUCAGAAUUCGCACGCACACCACCAUCAAUUAAGUGGGCAGCAACAAAGCCAGCACGGACAGCCCUUAGAGGCGUUCGCAAACAAUCCCAAUAAUUUACCCACUAAUACUUUACCCCUCAAUCAAGCUGCUUACAGUGCGCGACAGCAACAACAGCAGCAGCAGCAGCAGCAACAACAACCCCACGAUAAUUUUGCCGAAUUAGUCUCCCGCUCUCAAUCUGCAAGACAUUCCCAAUUAAAUCCUUUGCAGACACACCAAAUAUUUGGUCUCGCUUCUAACUCGGUCGACAACUUACCUCAGACCGUUUCUUCUCCCGUUGCCCCUCCAAACCAGCCAUCCGUACCACCAGUUCCCGCCCCCACUGAGACUAAACGAUCUGCUCGGAAGCUGAUCAAGAAUUUCAUUGCUGGAUCUUCUUCGUCUGCUAGUCGGCCCACCUCGGACCAUUACCAGGACGCCGCCUACGACAACGGCUCUGGCUUGAGCCGCCGACCAUCCAAGAGGGCGAGCAACACGCCUGUUGUUAGAGGGGUUCCUUUGUUGGCGCGGACUAUCGACCAUCCCGAUUGGGUUCCUCCUCAAAGUACAAGCUCGCGCAGCCACCACUCGCCAGUCCAACCUGUAUGCGAUCUUGACGACCCCUACUAUAAUACCGCCCCUUCUAACCAAGAAAUGUUUUUACAGAACCACACAGAUCCAGUCCAGACUACUAUAAGACAAGUCCCCACCGACGCCGACGCCGACGCCGACAACUCGCCCUACGCCCGUGAAGACCUCGCCUUCCAUCAACAGCAGGCUAUCGUCCAGCACCAAGCUCAUCUACAAGCCCAAGCCCAGGCUCAAGCCCAAGCCCAAGCGGAGCAGCAGCAGCUAUACGGAGGUCAGAUCGUUGUCGACCCUUCCCAGAACCAGUACCAGUACGCACCCGGCUACGAGCAAUAUCAGGCAGGAACUCGUCGGCCAUCUCUAUUCACUAGCGGACAUCUUAGUGCGGCAAGCUCGCAGCCGCCUAACCCAGAAACCGUUUCGCAGGUGUCACAUGAGUCGCCUGAGCCCGAUACGGAUCAACACCAGCAACAACAACCACCUGUCGGCUCGCAGUCUGCACAGGAUUCACCCGCCGUGAGUUUCGCGCAAGAGCUACAGAACUCACAGAACCAGCAGCAAGCUCCGACGUCAACGGGCCAGAACCAAAAUAUGGCACCGCCGCCGCCUGGAGGAACUGUACAAAGUCGUAGAUCGGGUGAUCACGAAAAACAGAUGCGAUCCGUUGAACCUCCUCCAGGCCCUCCACCUGGUUAUAGGCACAGCCAAGGACCUAUGAACGCAAUGAACCCCCUACCGCCCACACCAGGUGCAUCUGGUACACCACAGAAUUACCGUGCCAGUGGUGUACAAGAAGGGCCCCGAUUUGAUGGACCUCCCCCCGAGGGCGGUCGAAAUAGUCCCCAACAACCAGCAAAUGCAGAGAGGGAGGCUGAGCCGGAUAAGCAGUUUAAAGACCUAUUAACUAAGUAUAAGAAUGUCAAGAGACUCUACUUCGACGGCAAGGCCCAGAUCGAACAGUUAACUUCCCAAGUUGAGCAAUUGCAAAAUGCGGUUGCAAACCAGAGAAUGUCGCAGUCGCGAACGGCCCUUGACGAUAACGAAUAUUCCACCAGAUUUAACCGACUCAAUGGCGCGAUAAACAACUUGUCUUUCAACAUUCGUAAAGACUGGAAAACGCUACCUGGUUGGAUCGAGAGGUAUGUUAGCCCGGAAGCGAUCAAAACGGGCAAGCAAGAGAUGACUGCAGUUGGACGGGCCGUCAUCGUCCGGUGGAUAGUAGAAGAAAUCUUUAACAAGUGCUUCCAUCCCUCGCUCGACUUUCAUCUAAGCUCCCAUUUGAAGCAAAUAGAGCAGAACAUUCGCAGAUUUUCAUACACGCUAAACAGCCAGGAAGAAUACGAUGCAUUGACGGCAAAGGUUGUAAACUGGCGAAUGGCUACUCUAGAAGGUCUCCAGCAUAUGCUUCAGGCACCCGAAAGCGGCGAUUAUCGGGUUGAAUUUACCAAAAUGGCUACUAAUAAUCUCACGGCGACUUUGUACCAGUAUCUUACAGACCCGCCUCCGGCCGGCGUUGACGGUAGCGCAUCGAUGAUUGUUGAAUUGGCAGUGGGUAUUGCGGCUAACCUUCCCUUGGAAAGCCGAGACGUAGCUAUUACGUAUCCCUUGCCUGGAGAUCCUAUACAACCCGACAUCAUGGAACCGGAAAAAUCGGGAUUACCCCCGCUACCAGACCCAGCGGAGGAUACCGAGGAAGGGACCGACAAAGAAAGCGACAAGGCUUCGGCGUCGACAUCAACAAAACGAGAGAAGACAAAAAGCGGUAUGUUAACAAUGCUCGCCGGGACCUACCCCGCGAGUAGGAAAGGUAGCGCGGCUUCAGUUCUUACUGACACGACAACAUCGGCAGCAGCGGCGGCGCCGCCACCCCCAAAAGAUGCCAGCAAGGUCCGGUUUGCGGGUUUCGUAGCAGUCGAAGUGCGAGGACGCCAGGUCUUGAUGAAGGCUCCGGUAUGGACUUUAGGUUGA